AUGGUCGAAGACUUGGUGGCAAAUCGAAAGGCCAAAGUUGUAUUGACAACCAGCCUUGACAGCGAGCAUCCAAUUUCAAACAUGUUGGAUGACAAGGAAGAAACCUUUUGGAUUUCAACUGGCAUGUUUCCUCAAGAAAUCAUGUUCCAAUGUGAAAGUGUGUUUAAUUUGCAAUCCAUAAGGAUUAUUAGUACUGGAAUUAAAUUGCUCAAGAUCGAGUGUUCCGAUAAAAAUCAACCCAUACAAUUUCAACAAGUAUUUGAAAAACAAUUGGUGGAUGAUGGAAGCAUUCUUCAAGAAGAAGAAAUUGAGGUCAAAGUGGCUGCUCGAUAUAUCAAAUUUAGAAUAAUGAGUGGAUAUCAUAAUUUCGUCAGUGUACAUUCUAUUUCAAUUAAAGGAGAUACAUAA